UUUUGCAUCCCGCUCUGUCAGUCGGAAGCGAAGCGAGGCAAUAACAUUACUAGCGUCAACGUUUCUGUCGAAGUGUUUUUUAUCAAAAUAGCCGUCUUCUGGUACUGAGGAAACGGCAGUGAUAUGAAAAUAGACAGUAAAGAUUUGCUGGCAGACACUUAAAGGGUCUAACGAUGCAGCUGGAGCUCGUUUUCGACGGUAACUCGCACAGUUAGCCAGCUUGCUAAUGAACUAGUAACGUUAGUUUCGUAACUCCAGUCUUUGAGCCACACGGAGGCGGCGACCGUUUAAAAUAGAGCCGCUCGUCUGAGGUAGCGUUUCGGGAGGUGAUAUUACUGAUUUAACAGGCUCGAGUGAGUCCAACAGCUCCAUCUGCUGCUACAAGCGUUUCGACGGAUAACCCCCGCAGAACGACUCGCCGAGCCGCAGCAGCGAUGAGCUUCUUCGGGUUUGGGCAGAGCGCAGACAUCGACAUAGUGCUGAGCGACGGAGAGACGAGAAAGAAAGCGGAACACAAGACCGAAGAUGGCAAAAAGGACAAAUAUUUCCUUUUUUAUGACGGCGAAACAGUAAGCGGGAAAGUCAACGUGACACUCAAAAACCCUGGAAAGAGGCUCGAACAUUACGGGAUUAAAAUUGAGUUCGUAGGCCAGAUCGAGCUGUACUACGACAGAGGGAACCACCAUGAGUUUGUCUCUCUUGUGAAAGAUCUGGCUCGACCUGGUGAACUUUCCAGCUCUCAGUCGUUUGACUUCGAGUUUGCCCAUGUGGAAAAGCCUUAUGAAUCAUACACAGGCCAGAAUGUGAAACUGAGGUACUUCCUUCGUGCGACAAUAAGCCGGAGACUCAAUGACAUCACCAAAGAAAUGGAUAUCGUAGUACACACCCUGUGCACAUUUCCAGAAUUAAACUCUUCCAUAAAGAUGGAGGUCGGAAUUGAAGAUUGUCUGCAUAUUGAGUUCGAGUACAACAAAUCCAAAUAUCACUUGAAGGACGUAAUUGUGGGGAAGAUCUAUUUCCUUCUUGUGCGGAUAAAAAUAAAGCACAUGGAAAUCGACAUAAUAAAGCGAGAGACGACGGGCACAGGACCCAGCGUGUACCAUGAAAAUGAUACCAUUGCCAAAUACGAGAUCAUGGAUGGAGCACCAGUGAGGGGUGAAUCCAUUCCCAUCCGAUUAUUCCUCGCCGGUUAUGAACUGACCCCCACGAUGAAAGAUGUUAAUAAGAAGUUCUCUGUGCGGUAUUACCUGAACCUUGUCCUGAUAGAUGAGGAAGAGAGGCGAUACUUCAAACAGCAGGAAAUCACCCUCUGGAGGAAAGGAGACAUCGUAAGAAGGAGUAUGUCCCAACAGGCCGCCAUCGCGUCUCAGAGAUUUGAAGGAUCGAACUCUACAAAUGCCUUAGCACAAACCAAAGAGGCCAGCAGUUAGGCAGACUUUGUAGGAGGCACAGUACGUCCUCUACUGCCUCAAAUGAAAUGUAUCAUCUUUUAUAUUAUUAUCAAAGCUGUUGAGGGAUCAGGAGUAUUUAGGGGUAGAUGGGAAAGGAAAUCGUCCACAAAGAACACACAGGUGCUCAGUUUAUAAACACAUUUACUAGCCAAUCGUCAAAGGAGUUCUCGAGCUUCUCUUUCAAACCUGUUGAUCAUGAAUCGAGGAACCAAUCAAUGCUUUAUUAGUUUCCUAUAUAUCCAAGUUCCUUUACGUUCAAGCUGUUGCUGAUUUUUAACUAACAUGCAUACAAACUUGACUUUCGCAUUGUCUGUUCAGGAGCAUUCCUAUCUUUAUGAUCAAGUUAGUAACUUCGUUGCUAUUCGUAUUCUGAUAAAUGAGCCUGAAGUAAACACUGGGAGCUUUUUGGUGUCAAAUGUUUGUAAAUUUACAAUUCUUUUUAUUCAUAUUAAAAAAAAAAAACAGAUUUCUGCGUAGUAUUAUGGAAGCUGAGAAAGAAGGACAGCACGGAAUCGCUCAACACACAUUCCUAAAGGGAACAAAUCGUAUGACAUGAUGAGCAGAGGCUGUCCUUGUUUUCAUGUAUUUGUAUUUCUGAUUGAAAGCGUUGUGCGUUGUCUAAUAUGUAAAUUUGUAUCUGCUACAAGUGCUCUCAGCAAGUCCACUGUGUUCCAAACAGGCAGUCUGUAAGAGUUAUUAUAUGCUGCAUAAUUACAAAGUGUCAGUUUUUUUGAUGAAUGUUGCGCUCUACCUUUCUUUGAUCUUGCCAUUUUAACGUUGCUCAGGUGGAGCGAUCAUUCAUGCUCUCGUGAUGGAAAGCACUUUUGCACAAUGGAAGCUUGAUGAGCCAUAUUGUAAAUAAACUUUGCUAAGUUUUGGGUCA